AUUCAAACGUACCCGACCCGACUUUGAUAUGGUAACCAACAGUAUACACCGAAAUCCAUAAAGUUUCUAACCAAUAAAGCUCCUUGUCGCCGCUCACUGCUCAGCCACCUCCCCCGCCGCCAGUUUUAGUGAUUUUGAUAUACAAUCAUGUCUUGGUGCACCAUUGAAUCGGAUCCUGGUGUUUUCACUGAACUUAUACAGCAGAUGCAAGUGAAAGGCGUUCAGGUCGAGGAGUUGUAUUCUUUGGAUCCUGAUUCACUAGACAAUCUAAGGCCAGUUUAUGGGCUAAUAUUCCUCUUUAAAUGGCGUGCGGGAGAAAAGGAUGACCGUCCUGUAAUAAAGGAUCCAAACCCAAACUUGUUUUUUGCCAGCCAGGUAAUAAAUAAUGCCUGUGCAACCCAAGCAAUCCUGUCAAUUCUGCUGAACAGUCCUGACGUUGAUAUUGGGUCAGAGUUGUCAGCGCUGAAGGAAUUCACAAAAAACUUCCCGCCCGAGCUCAAGGGUUUAGCUAUCAAUAACAGUGAAGCAAUCCGCACAGCGCACAAUAGUUUUGCAAGACCUGAGCCCUUUGUUCCCGAAGAGCAGAGAACAUCUGGAAAAGACGAUGAUGUAUAUCACUUCAUAAGCUAUAUACCGGUUGAUGGGGUACUUUACGAGCUUGAUGGGCUGAAAGAGGGACCUAUAAGCCUCGGCACAUGCCCUGUUGGGGGGCAAGGCGAUAUGGAAUGGCUACGCUUGGUACAACCUGUGAUUCAGGAACGCAUCGAGAGAUAUUCCCAAAAUGAAAUAAGAUUCAAUCUAUUGGCGAUAGUAAAGAACAGAAAAGAAGUUUACACAGCUGAGCUCAAAGAACUCCAGAGGAAGAGGGAGAGAAUCCUCCAACAACUUGGCGCAUUGCAGUCAGAGAGAAUGGUAGACGGAAGUGCUGUGGACGCGCUUAACAUGUCACUUUCAGAGAUAAAUGCUGGGAUUGAAGCUGCGACUGAGAAGAUAGUGAUGGAGGAGGAGAAGUUCAAGAAAUGGAGAACCGAAAACAUCCGUCGAAAGCACAAUUACAUACCCUUUCUCUUCAACUUCUUGAAGAUCCUUGCUGAAAAGAAGCAGUUGAGACCUCUCAUAGAAAAGGCCAAACAGAAGGCCUCCAAAUCUUGAAGCGGCAUAUCUACACAGGCCAACUUUGGAAAAAGCUGUUAAUGUUAAACAACUGUUUAAGAUUUUGCUUUUUUUUGCAUGCAUGACUUUUCUUUAUGUGGUUAUGUCUAGUAGAUUUUUGAGAAUGUUAUCCACAGUCUUUUAAAUGGUCAUUAUCUAUUUAAUACUCCAAAUCUUUGGAUCCUA